CGGACAAUGUUACAAGGCAACAUAGAGUAGCACGUGUGUCCAGAGACAGUUUGUCGGGAUACAUAGUAGCUGGUUAGUCUAUUAGCUAUAAAUAAACUAGCCAAAUGCUACUGCUAAAGGGGUAACACCACGGCGAGGUCGGAAGUAGGCCGCCACUUAAAGGGGAAUGGAGUUGGAGAGUUAUUUUAAGACUUUUACUCUUUAGAGGAAAUGGAGAGAAGACUGGAAGAGAAGCUACGAAUAAGUCAAAAAGAGAGGAUGUCAGGUGUGAACUCUGUGCGGUCUCCAAUGAAAACAGGCAUUGUUAUCCAAGAUGACUCCCUUCCAGCCGCUCCCCCACCUCAGAUAAGAAUCCUCAAGCGUCCCUCUAGCAACGGAUCCCUGGGGUCUCCAGUGACGCAGACGCGCCCAACCCAACAGCCGAAGUCUUUAGCCCAGAGGGAAGCUGAGUAUGCCGAGGCUCGGAAGCGAAUCCUGGGAAGCGCCACUCCAGAUGACACACCACAGGAAAGGCCUAAUUCUGACAGAUCACCAAGAAUAAACACCACUCCGUCAGACGACAUCCGAUCAAACAAUCACGUGGUCCGCCAGCCAGCAGGCCCAGACGGUACACAGGGCUUUCGGCAGCGUAGAUAGGAAUACAAAUCUUUGCUGAGGAGAUUCAAGGAGGAGGAGGAGGACGAAUGGGGGUCAGGAGCUUCGAGGGAGGUUUAUUUUUUUUUGUAUGGAGAAUCUUCUGAAUUUGACAUUUAUCUGUAACGUAGGAAUGCGUUGUCUCUUACCAUCCCGCAUGGCUUUUUUUUUUUUAGGGGGGGGGGGGGGGGGGUCGCACUGUUGUGGAAAGGGAAGAGACUUUUUGGAGAAGCAGAGAGGAUUUAUCCUCUUUUCUCUCCAUUGUACACUGUGAUGAAGGCAUUGCUCCUUAUAGACACUACUCACUGUGAUGUACCCAGAGUAUGCCUGCCUGCCCCAACCACCGCCCAAACUUAAAUAGAUUGAAGAAAGAAAUGAUCCGGAACGUUCCCUUAUUGCCAUGUGGCUUAAGGAACGAUGACCGGAACAGUCGUGAGAAACCUUUGCAGCAGAUGACAUGGACGUUGGACACAGACAGGUCUGUGUGAAAAGACUAUGAAUGAUUUGAGAGGAACAGAACGAGGGAAGGGUGAGGAUAGAAGUAAGAGAAGUAGAAUCAAACUGACAUCAGGAAGGGCACAGGAUGCCCGGCCUCGCCCAGCAAUAACACCACCAGUUGCACUCUUGUUAAUCAGUCAGUCCUCUUUACUGCUCAUGUGUGUCCUUCAAUGUUGUCUCAGCAUAACUGUGUUACUUACGUUUUUGGUUAUUGAGUAGGAAGUCUGCUAAUUGCCAUACAUUUUUAAUUGGGUUUUCUUUUUUUUUUUUUUACCUGUUGCUGAAAUUCUAUUGUUUACGGUUAGCUUACUUUUAUUUUAUUUUUUGUUUCCUCGGCUUAUAUCUUCUGUAAGCCUGUCCUGACUUUUAUUUAUAUGAAUGAAAACUGCAAAGUGAAAUUAAUAAUUAAUGGUGGGAAUAACAGAAUAACCAGUUUUUAAGUAGCUUUUCUGCAUUUGUUUUGUAUGAUUUGAAAUGGUAGUGGUUUUUAGAUCCAGAAAUUUUAAAAUGUAUAGAAAAAUCUAAAUGAAAAAUGUCUUGUAAAUAUUGGUCAUCCCAAACUUUUGCAGAAAAUGGUGUAUGGGCAAUGAUUUACCUAUUUCUGUACGUUCUUCCCUCCGCAUAUCUACGGUCAGCUGCAUUCUCUCAGAUGUGCUUUACUCAUGUAGGAACUCAGGUGUUCCAACCGAGCCAAAAGGAAUUUGGGGAUUAAAAAAGAAAAAAACAUGGGAAUUUUCCCAUGGAUUAGUGGCACACUAUCAAGUUAUAUUUGAUAGUAUGAUUAACCCGUCACCUGUUGAGUGAAUUGAAAGCCAAAAUGAGAAGAGAUGUCAACCUUUCCAAAGACUAGAGGGAUUUCCCCCUGAAACUGGUGGACAGCACGGUUUUCGAUGACUGUAUUAAGUCUCUCUAAACAUGCACAAACAAGGCUGUAUCCUGCUCCACAGUGCAAUUUGAAAUGAGAAUAUUGCUGUACUUUCUGCAAUACCACAUCUACUGCCUUUCCCCCCCCAUUUCUCUCACCCAUCUAUUUAGUCCUCUUGUUGGUUGUCUUUAACUUACCAGGACCUUAUCAAAGGACUUCAUUUAUGUUUUGUCUUGCAGAGACUUUAAGAUGUCCAGUUAUAUUGAAAUUUUAUCCAGGGGAGUUAGUCACAUGCUGAUUAAACACACAAAUCUGCCUGUACAUAAUAAAGAAAAUGGCCAUUUAAUAAAGAUUUCUUUUUUAAA